UCCCCGGUGACAGCCCCACGCCUGCCUCGCGUCGCGUCGCGUCGUGUCUGGUUGUAUGGCUUUGCGAUGCCCUCCAGGGAUGGGGACGCCUCCUCCCGGGCUGCAGGCCGACUGCGAGGCCCUGCUCAGCCGCUUCCGCGAGACCGACAGCGUCCGCUUCGAGGACUUCGCCGAGGCCUGGCGGGGCCUCAAGUUCGGCGCCGUCUUCUGUGGUAAAAUGAGAGAUUUAGAAAAGAACACAUUUACAAAAGAAGCAUUGGCUUUGGCGUGGCGAUAUUUCUUACCUCCAUAUACCUUCCAGAUCCGAGUUGGUGCUUUGUACUUAUUAUAUGGAUUAUAUAACACCCAGUUGUGUCAACCAAAACAAAAGAUUAGAGUUGCCCUGAAAGAUUGGGAUGAAGUUUUAAAAUUUCAGCAAGAGUUGAUAAACACGCAACAUUUUGAUGCUGCUUAUAUUUUUCGGAAGUUAAGGCUAGAUAAAGCAUUUCACUACACAGCGAUGCCCAAAUUGCUAUCAUAUAGAAUGAAACAGAAAGUACAACGAUUAGAAGUUACAGAAGAAUUUAAGGAUCCAAAUGAUCGUGUAAUGAAACUUAUCACUGCUGAUGCAUUAGAGGAAAUGCUGAAUGUUCAUGACCAUUAUCAGAAUAUGAAGAAUGUUAUUUCAGCUGACAAAUCUGAGCCGGGCAGAGCCCUCAACUUGAUAAAAGAUGAUUUUUUUGACAAUAUCAAAAAUACCGUUUUGGAUUAUAAGCAGUGGCAAGCAGACAGAAAGAAUCCAACGUUAAAAUUUAAAAAAGUUAAUGAUGACGAAGAAAAGAGGGAAGGAGACUCAGGUGAAUCGGAGAGAUGUGAAAGGGCAGAAGUACUAGCGAAAAUUAAAUCGAAAGCUUUUUCAGUUGUUGCUCAGGCCUCCAAGUCCAGAAGACAUAGGCAAGUGAAACUCGACUCUUCGGACUCUGAUUCUGCGUCUGGUCAAGGGCCAAAAGCAACUAGGAAAAAAAGAAACGAAGAAGCAUCACCAUCAGCAAAGAAGAAGGUGCCUUCCCCAGGUGGCUUGCAGAAUGUGCCUGAGGAAGACAAGUCUUCAAGUCUGAGUAUGCCUAUUAUUACCGAAGAGGAAGAGGAGAGCAGAAGUUUCAGUGAAACACAGUUCACUGCACUCAAGAGGAAAAGAAAAUGCAGAACGUAGACCCUGCUGUAGUUCUGAUAUUUUGAAUUCUCUGACAGAAGGAAAGAUAUCUGAUUUUGCAAACUGAACAAGAAGACUGCCAGUAUUAAUAGUAAUUCUUCUGGAAAUCUAUAGAUUAUUUUUUCUUUUUCUUUUUCUUUGUGUUUGAAGGUACAAAGUUUAUUGGAAAGUGGAAGAGAAAAAGAAAGGAACUCAGGAAAGUAGAGAGGAAAGGAACUUAGUAGAGGACUAACUUUACUUAUUCACAGUUUUUUUGUGAAAUUGAUAUAGAGAUAAAAUUUGUAUUUAGGAUACUAGGGAAAUAAGCUUAAUAUUUAUAAACUAUUACUACUUCCUUCAAGUUUUUGAGAACAGUUGAUUAACAUGCUGUAAUGGUAAUACUAACUAUUCGGUUUAAAAUC